AUGACCGCGCCGCUCAACGCGCGAUAUGAACUGAGAACGUCGGAAAAAUUCGGCAGUCCGGUUAUGGCGGAUCAAUCGUCAGUGUUAGCUUUAGUUAUAUUGGCCGUUGGGGUCACUGUUCACUUCUCCUUGCAUAAAGUAGAAGAAGGACAUGUAGGAGUGUAUUACCGGGGAGGAGCUCUGCUUCCAGUAACCAGCCAGCCAGGGUUUCAUAUGAUGAUUCCACUACUAACAUCAUACAAAUCAAUACAGACAACCCUCCAGACUGAUGAAGUGAAGAAUGUUCCUUGUGGUACAAGUGGCGGAGUCAUGAUAUACUUUGAAAGGAUUGAAGUCGUGAACAAAUUGGAACCAGUUAGUGUGCUUGAUAUGGUGCGUAACUUCACGGCAGACUACGACAAGACAUUAAUAUUCAACAAGGUGCAUCACGAGCUAAACCAGUUCUGUUCUGCGCACACACUGCACGAAGUUUAUAUUGAUUUAUUUGAUCAGAUCGACGAAAAUUUACGAACCGCGCUCCAAAGAGAUUUACACGAAAUGGCGCCUGGUCUCAGAGUGCAAGCAGUCAGAGUAACAAAGCCAAAGAUACCAGAGUCGAUCCGCAAGAACUACGAGCUCAUGGAAGCUGAGAAAUCAAAACUACUCAUUGCUGCGCAACAUCAAAAGGUAGUUGAAAAGGAGGCAGAAACAGCGAGACGCAAGGCUGUUAUCGAAGCCGAGAAAGAAGCACAAGUUGCGAAAAUCCAGUAUGAACAGAAAAUUAUGGAGAAAGAGUCUCUGCAGAAGAUCGAGCUUAUUGAAGACAGUAUCCAUAAAGCGAAGCAACAAACAAAAGCAGAGGCGGAAUUCUACAGCUUGAAGAAACAGGCUGAAGCUAACAAGAUGUUGUUAACGAGAGAGUACUUAGAGCUGAAGAGAUACGAAGCUCUCGCGUUGAACAACAAAAUAUACUUUGGUAGUGAUAUUCCUAACAUGUUUCUUCAGGCUAAUGUUGGGGACAGUGUUCCUAUCCCUAAAGCUCAUGUUGAAUGAGUGUUAAUCACCUUGAAUCACCUGCUAGUCACGGAAUAGAGGCGACAAGCCAUAAGACUGCAAAUCAGUGAUACCUAUACGACUUUUCCAACCUAAGUCCUUAUCUAUUGUGUUAUAUGGACAAUCACAGGGCCCUAGCAGGAGCUUCAUCAAUACACGUCUAUGUGAUGAUGUUAGAUAAGUUCAGAAUGCUUUGAACGUUUUUUGUUAGUUACCUCUUGGCUAGUUUUUACAGAAUACAAAGUUCAAGAUUCUCUAAGCAAACAAAUUGUAAAAUAGAAUAGUUAUUGUGAUAAUAUAAACAAAUUAAGUCUAAUCUCAUUGUAUGGAUUUCUUAUUAGUGCAUUAUGAAAAAAUAUUCAAGAAUUGUGAUAUUUAUUUUUUAUCUAAAUGUUCUAAAGACAUUAUGUAGUAAGGAAUGAACAUAAAAGUGAAUUGUAGAUGAAAUGCAUCACAUUGGCUGCACUCGGUUUAUUUGACUGAUUACUGUUCUGGUGUUAGAUUGUCUGUGUACAUAGCUUUUUUAAAUGUGAAAUAAAAGUCGAUAUUUGUGGAAAAAA